AACAAAAUUUGUUCACUCAGGGCCAAGGACCAAGCUCGUGAGAAGGGAGGCACCAUCAAGCAUGAGUACAGUCUCAUCAAGGGCUUCACCGUCGAGUACCCUGAGGACCACGUCGAUACCCUGGAGUCAUCCGAGCACAUCCACGUGGAGGCUGACGGCAGCGUCUCGACCCAGUGA